AUGGCCAAGACAGCGCUCGUAAACCCACCGGAAGCUCCUCAGAAAAGUAAAAAUGUCUCUUUCAAGGACACGGAAAAGCCAGAUAGUGUUCGAAGCAGCAAUAUAGUCGCAGCAAAAGCUGUUGCUGAAGCUGUUAGAACAAGCUUGGGACCUAAAGGUAUGGAUAAAAUGAUUGAAACUGGGAAAGGUGAAGUAACAAUUACAAACGAUGGAGCAACCAUAUUGAAACGCAUUAGUGUGUUACAUCCAGCUGCUAAAAUGCUUGUUGAAUUAUCGAAAGCUCAAGAUAUUGAAGCAGGUGAUGGAACCACUACUGUAGUCGUUAUUGCUGGUGCAUUGCUUGAUGCUGCCGAGAAAUUGAUUAGCAAAGGCAUUCAUGCGACAACGAUUUCGGAAAGCUUUCAGCGUGCUGCUAUGAAGGCUGAUGAAAUUUUAAAUUCCAUGGCUUCCCCAGUAGAUCUUGAUAAUGAUGAACAGCUGGCAAAAAUUGCUAAAACGAGUUUAAAUUCUAAAGUUGUAUCGCAGCAUUCGUGGCUGCUUGCACCAAUGGCAGUGAAUGCUGUUAAAAAAAUUACAAAUUCGGAUGAUAAUAAUGUUGAUUUACGCAUGAUCAAAAUUGUGAAAAAACUGGGUGGUACAGUUGAAGAGUCACGCCUGGUUGAUGGAGCACUCAUUGACAGAUGUUCUAUGGGACGCGGUGCUCCAACACGCAUUGAAAAAGCUCAGAUUGGGCUGAUUCAGUUCCAAUUGAGCCCUCCAAAAACUGAUAUGGAGAAUCAAGUGAUUUUGUCUGACUAUAGUCAGAUGGAUCGAGUUUUAAGAGAAGAACGAGCAUAUUUGCUUGAUUUGUGCAAGCAAAUAAAAAAAGCUGGAUGUAAUGUUUUGCUAAUACAAAAGAGUAUUCUCAGAGAUGCAGUAAACGAAACAACUUUACAUUUCUUAUCCAAAAUGAAAAUAAUGGUCGUCAAAGACAUCGAAAGAGAUGACAUCGAGUUCUAUUCUCGCGUUUUGGGAUGUCGCCCUGUUGCUUCCAUUGAUCAUUUCAUUCCCGAAGCACUGGGUUCUGCUGAUCUUGUUGAAGAAAUCUCGACUGGUGAAGGCGGCAGGAUUAUUCAGGUUACUGGUGUGCAAAAUCCUGGUCAAGCAAUAUCAGUCUUAAUUCGCGGUUCGAACAAAUUAGUAUUGGAGGAAGCAGAACGAUCAUUUCAUGAUGCGCUCUGUGUUAUACGAUGUUUGGUAAAGAAGCGGGCUCUCCUACCAGGUGGUGGAGCACCAGAAAUGGAGGUAGCGGUUCAGUUACGUCAUUUAGCACAGGAAAGACAUGGUACAGAGCAAUAUUGUUGGAGAGCUUUUGCUGAUGCUAUAGAGCAGAUUCCGUAUACAUUAGCAGAAAAUGCUGGCCUAAAUCCAAUAUACACGGUUACUGAAUUAAGAGCUCAACAUGCAAAUGGCAAGAAAAAUCAUGGAGUAAAUGUUCGGAAAGGUCAUGUUACGGAUAUUAGAGAGGAGAAUGUUCUACAGCCACUUUUGGUGACUACUUCAGCUAUCAAACAAGCUGCGGAAUGUGUUCGCUCUAUUCUCAAAAUUGAUGAUAUCGUUAGUCUUUUUCUCAAAUAA